GUGGCGCACGUGAUCCAGUUUCCAAUCCUCCCCUCGUUCCAUUAUCUAUGCAUUGAUAUACACACAAAAAACGUGUCAAAUAAACAUGGAAUUUUGUCUCAAAUUUUUUACGUGUGCUAUAUUCACUAUAAUAGCACACCUUUUCGUGGUUAAGCUUAUACAACAUGCAGAUUUACAUUAGAGCUGUUUAUGCAACAAUGGCAUAGGUUAGCAAGCAUAGGAUACACACAAAAUACAUUUAAUAAGAAGAAAUACACAUGCCCACACAAGUGCAUAUUUCCUUACUAUAAUCAUGAUCAUGGUAACCAGGGGCGGAUCUAGGAUUUAAUUUUUGAGGGGGCAAUUUUGUGGUUUAAAGAUCGUUUACAUAGUCCUGUUUUGGGAGGCAUCCCCCCCAUAGAUCCGCAACUGAUGGUAACUCCUAAGGCAGCUGGAUAAACACUCCAACACAAAUUUCUGUAGUGAGUUCACAACAUGAAUUAAGCUAGUUGAUAAACAAUGGGAGUGGCUUUGUGGUUGCAACAUGCAUAUAAAGAAACACACUGCACAUAUUUCAUAUUUUAUAAUUAUUACAAAUUCCAUCAUGCCUAGUGCAGACAAUAUGAAGCAGAUCUUCUCAUUUGCCUCUCUUGUCAUACUCUUCCUGUCAUUGGGAGCUGCUGGUACUUCUCUUGGUCUCCUUCAGGCUAACACUAACAAUGGAGUAUAUGCAAUUUGCCAUUUUUUCAUUUCUUAUUCUCAAGCUAUGGACUCAGAUCUGAUAAAUUAUAAUGUACCCACUUGUAAGUUGAGUAUAGCAAGUGCUACCAUUGCUAUAAUAUGUCUGGCUCUGCUAACUGCCAUUGAGCUAAUCAGUGUUUCAUUUAAAAUAUAUGUCAAAACGUUGAUUGCUAAGAUUCUCCAAGUCGUAAUAUUUGUUGGUUCUAUUUUGUUCCUAUUGAUUACCAUGAUUGUGGUUUCAGCUGGUUGGGGAAAGACCUGUGCUACAUACAAAAACAUAACAAGCUCAGGUGGUACUCCAAGCUCACUCUUUAACAUUGACUGCACUGGACCACAAUAUAUCUAUGGUUCUAGAGGUAGCCCUUUUCCACCAAAUGGUGCAGAAAUCAUAACUGCUGCUGUAUUUGCUGGUGUUGGUGCUCUGUUUGCUGCUGGAGCUCUUUGUGUCUAUAUUGCACAACAACAGUACAUCAGGUCUAAUGACGAGAGCUUUUUUUCCAGGGAGCUGAGCACUAACAUGGAGAGCAAUGACAAUGAUGAUUAAUUUCCUUUUAGCGAAUUAGUACUGAAGCUUUCUUUAUCCAUUAAUUAAAUAGAUUUGAAACAAAUGUAGUGCUAUUGUUAUUU